CCCAACAACUCAGUUUUCUUUUUGAGUUCAUUACUGCGCCUCAAAGAGACACAACAAAGGUACAAUUUAAAGUUUCCAUAAGAACUGGGGAAGAAGCUAAUGGAGACUGCUGAUUACUACUAUAUUGGACAGAACCAGCAGCAGCCGGGUUGCGGCCUGAUGUGGUACCGGUCAGCGCCGACCUCGUUGCUCCAGAACCAUGUGGAUGCUGGUACUAGUACCGGUGUUACCGGGAGCGGUAUCGAUUUCGGUGAAUUCGAGGGUUUUCGAUCUUCUUCGAGCCAUGAAAUGGAAGCAUUGUUCAUGUUGUCCGCUAAUAAUGGUUCAUCUGUGAAGCAAGAAGAUUAUCAUGUUCAAAGUUUGCCAAUGCGGGGCGUUGGUAAUGUUAGUGCUGUUGAGGGUUCAUUUGGCGUUGGAGGCGAUGUGGGAUUUGAGAAUUCAAUGGGAGCACCCGAGAUGAGCAAUGGAAAUGGUUCAAAUCUUGCUAGGCAAAGUAGCUCUCUGGCUCGGUUUUUCUCCAACCAAGUCAUGGAUAAGGGGUUUAAUGGAACCAAGAGUAGGGCUUGCAACGGUGAGGCUACAUCCACUAGUAGGCUAUACGACAAACAUAUAAGCUUAUCCUCUUCAUACUCAACAAACCCAAUGCCUCAAAUAGCCACGCACUGGAUGACUGAUUCAAGGAACAAUGCUUCACUCAGUGGUCUGAAGAGGGCCAGAGAAAGUGGUGGUGGCGGCGACUUAUUAAGCAAAUUACCAACUCAGAAUCGGGGCUGCGGAGAUGAUUUUACUGGCGUAAAGCACCAUUUGAGUUUGGCUAAGAGUUGCUAUGAGAUGGAUGUGGUAGACAAUUAUUGGCAGUUUCAAGGAUCGGCCCCUUGUAAGAUUCGAGCCAAAAGAGGCUGCGCUACUCACCCCCGCAGCAUUGCCGAGAGGGUGAGAAGAACGCGGAUCAGCGAAAGAAUGAGGAAACUGCAAGGCCUAUUACCAAACAUAGACAGGGUCCGGCAGCAAACAAACACGGCAGACAUGUUAGAUAUGGCAGUGGAGUACAUUAAAAAUCUUCAGAGGCAGCUCAAGACAUUGAGGGAUACCAAAGCAAAGUGCUGCUGUCCAAGCAAAACCCCAGAAUACAGAUAGCAAUACAAAUAGUAUUUGGAAUGCAAUGCAUUGAAGGAACAACAGCUUUCUAGGUUGGAAUCGAAUUAAAAUAGAAUAGAGUAAGGAUGGGAAUGUUACGCGACUUGUAAUUUGUGAUUG